AUGCCCAAAAACAACAAGGCCGUCAGGAGAGAGCUCGACGAUGACGUCACGGAGUCCAUCAUAGACCUGCUGUCCAGCGAGGAUGAUGCGUGUAAGAAGAGCUCUCAGAUGGCGAAUACGGGGGAGCACAGGGGCUGGGAGGAUGACCGGCCAGCCUGGAACAGCAAGCUGCAGUAUAUCCUGGCCCAGGUGGGCUUCUCCGUCGGCCUGGGCAACGUGUGGAGAUUCCCUUACCUGUGCCAGAAGAACGGGGGUGGAACGUACCUGGUGCCGUACCUGAUCCUGCUGCUUGUGAUCGGCAUCCCGCUGUUCUUCCUGGAGCUGGCGGUGGGGCAGCAAAUUCGCCGCGGCAGCAUUGGGGUGUGGAACUACAUCAGCCCCCGUCUGGGCGGGAUCGGGUUCACCAGCUGCAUGGUCUGCUUCUUCGCCUCCCUCUACUACAAUGUCAUCAUCGGGUGGAGCCUCUUCUACUUCUCCCAGUCUUUCCAGCAGCCCCUGCCCUGGCAUGAGUGCCCCCUGGUCAAGAACAGCACAGCCACAUUUGUGGAGCCAGAGUGUGAGAAGAGCUCGGCCACCACCUUCUACUGGUACCGUAUGGCCCUGGACAUCUCCGGCGCCAUCACCGAGAGCGGAGGUCUGAACUGGAGGAUGACCGUGUGUCUGCUGGCCGCAUGGACCAUGGUGUGUCUCACCAUGAUCCGGGGAAUCAAGUCCUCAGGGAAGGUGAUGUAUUUCAGCUCUCUGUUUCCCUACGUGGUUCUGAUCUGCUUCCUGGCGCAGUCCCUGCUGCUGACUGGGUCGGUUGAUGGCAUUCGUUACAUGUUCACCCCAAAGCUGGAGAUGAUGCUGGAGGCCAAGGUGUGGCGUGAGGCCGCCACGCAGGUAUUCUUCGCCCUGGGGCUCGGGUUCGGGGGCGUCAUCGCCUUCUCCAGCUACAACAAGCGCGACAACAACUGCCACUUUGACGCCGUGCUGGUCUCCUUCAUCAACUUCUUUACCUCUGUGCUGGCCACACUGGUGGUGUUCGCUGUGCUCGGUUUCAAGGCAAACGUCAUGAUCACCAAAUGUGUCACACUAAACACAAACAAGAUUGUGGGAUUUCUGGGUAAUGAGAUCAGUCCUGAGCUGAUUCCUCGGCAUGUUAACCUGACCCAUGUGACCCCAGAGGAUUACCAGCAGCUGACUGACAUCAUCAGGGCGGAGAGGAAGAGCGAUUUCUCCCGCCUGGGUCUCGAGUCCUGCAACAUCGAGGACGAGCUCAACAAGUCUGUGCAGGGCACUGGUCUGGCCUUCAUCGCCUUCACCGAGGCCAUGACCCACUUCCCUGCCUCCCCCGUCUGGUCCGUCAUGUUCUUCCUCAUGCUGGUGAACCUGGGCCUGGGCAGCAUGUUCGGCACCAUGGAGGGCAUUGUCACGCCCAUCUUCGACACCUUCCGAGUGCGCAAGGAGCACCUCACAGUGGGCUGCUGUCUCCUGUCCUUCAGCAUCGGGCUGAUCUUCGUCCAGCGCUCCGGGAACUACUUUGUGGCCAUGUUCGAUGAUUACUCCGCCACCCUCCCGCUACUCAUGGUGGUGAUUCUGGAGAACAUAGCAGUAGCCUGGAUCUACGGGAUCGACAAGUUUUUUGAGGAUCUGAAGGGCAUGCUGGGAUUCUCUCCGUUCAGGUACUACUACUACAUGUGGAAGUACAUCACCCCCCUGGUGCUGUUGGGGCUGCUGGGGGCCAGCCUGGUGCAGCUGGUAAUGACCCCGCCCACUUACAGCGCCUGGGUGGAAGAAAUGGCUCAGGAGAAAUCGCUAAGCUAUCCCGGCUGGGGAUUGGCCAUGUGCGUCUCGCUGGUCGUCAUGGCGAUGCUGCCAGUGCCUGUGGUGCUGGCUCUGCGCUGCUGUGGCGUGCAGGAGGCAGGUGGCGGCCGCUCCGCCGUGUCCUACAGCAUGGGCCGGGUCGUCACCGACAGCUGCAGCCCCGACGACGAGGCCGACGACGCCGCCGUGACCCAGGCGAGCUCGCCCAGAGAGGCCUCUCUCAUAAACCACAGCGCCAUCUACAGGAACCAGACCGGCCCAGGGGACACAGAGCCCACCCCCAAAGGCCACUACGGGAUUGGAUACCUGAUGGCCACCAUGGCAGACAUGCCCGAGUCAGACUUGUAG